AUGAGCAAACCCUCCGCUGGCAAGUUUACUCGGUCGGGCUUCGCUGAUUUGGAAGACUUUCAUGAACACACACGAGAACAGGCAUCACCCAACCGUUUUACAAGCCCAUCUUCGCCGAGAGCAAGGCAGAAUGAUCUUGACGUAAGAAUGGAAGUGCUGAUGCAGAGCUCGACAAACGAUCCCGAACAGCUCUCUAUCAUUGAACGCUGGCUAAAUGAAGGCUUGGAUGCGCGUCGGAGAUAUGGUCAUGCCCCUUCUCAAUCCGGUGAUCGACUUUUCUAUGACCUCUCAAUCCCUUCACCUGUUUCAGAAAACCCCGAAAUUUGGGAGCGCUUAGGAAAUAACGCCCCAGAGACGGUGCGAAGGGCUCGUGUCGAAGUUAGACACCCGAUAAGACGUUCUGGCUCAGAAGGCGCAGGCUCUUUGUUGUCUCGGCAAAUCGAUGAACUCGUCGAGAGUUUGAACAACACCGAGCGACUCAAUGACUCUCUGACACGUAACGGGCGCUAUUCCAAGGUGUCGGUGCUGCCUAUCAUGUUUGAGGAUGUUGAACCCGGUUUUGAACUUGAAGAAGAGCUGAAUGGGCUCGAGAAAUGUUUCGUUCAACACUUCAACUUUCAUGUUUACGAAAUUUUCAAGAUCCCAACAACCAACGCUCAGGGCGCGGUUGAACGGACGAUUCGAGAACUUAUAGGCAGGCAUGGAAAAAAGGACGAGCUUGUUAUCGUCGUCUAUGCUGGACAUGGCAUCGACACAAGAGGGGAUUCAAAAAUACAAAGCGGUCGUGGCCCAGCAAUGUGGGCAGCUCGUGCAGCCUACGAUCCCACGAAUCUCGUGGACUGGUCUUCCAUACAGCCAUCACUCCACAUAGCGCCGUGCGAUACUCUGAUCAUCUUGAACUGUUGUUUUGCGGGAAAUGCUGCUUUGGGCGGCAUGAAAGGCACUAACGAGAUCCUCGCAGCUUCAGACCGCCAGAGUCUUGCGUACAUACAUGAACGCUCAUUUAUGAGAGCCGUGAUUAAAGUCCUGACUGAAUUAAAGAGUUCCAGAUCGAGCUUGACAAUCAACAUGAUACGAGAUCGACUCGACAGCUACAACAGAAACGACAGAAACGAGUGGGAGUGGAUCGCUUCGCCGUACCACAAAAGAUACCCAAACCUGGAUCAUCCGAGCAUCAAACUCCAGGCUUUACCGAACCCAAACACCGCGAUCGAUCGUCCGACAACCUCGACGCAGACUCCCCUUACCCCUUCUUCAUUCUAUGUGAAAGUAUCUCUCGACUCUCACAGCAACGUGUCGUUGGCCGAAUGGAGUUCCUGUUUUGGGAGCGCAAGUUACCCCAGUGACAUCGAGUUACAAUUUGUUACCGAGGAAUCCCUGCGUAAGAGCUUGGAGAUAGACACUGGUAAAUGA